AGAUCGAGGUCGACCAACACUACUUACUACAAUGGCUUACAAGAUUUUAAUCCUUUGCGCUUCUUUGGCCUACGCCAGCGCUGGACUCCUCCCUGCCUACGCUCCUGCACCAGCCGUAGCUUACGCAGCCCCUGCUCUGGCUGCCGCCCCAAUCUCAUACACCGCUCCCGCUCUCACGUCGCAAUCUUCCAACAUCUACCGCAGCUUCGGUAACUUGGGACAAGUUUCCACCUACUCCAAAAGUAUCGACACUCCAUUCUCCAGUGUGAGAAAAGCCGACGUGAGGGUAUCCAAUCCUGGAUUGCGAAUUGCCACUGCUGCUGUCCCCUAUGCUGCUGCCCCCUUAGCUGCCGCUCCCGUCGCACACGCACCUCUUCUUGGUGUCGCUUAUUCUGCAGCCCCCGCUGUUUCUCACAUGACCUACGUCUCUGGAAUCACCAACUACGCUUUCUAAGCUAUUGAAUGGAUUGUACAAAGUAUAGUUAUUUAUUUAUGACAAUAAAGUUCUAAAA